AUCUAUUGUUUUGUUUAUUUGGUUUAGGCGAAGUAAUAGGUCUAAACCUAUUUAUUCAAAUUACAAAAAAUGAGGUGUUUACACAAAGAUAUUUUCGUUUUUAAAAAAGGUUUUAAAAUAUAUGUAUAAAUACACUUAUGGCUGGAUCAUUAAGGGUCCAGUCUCAGCCAGCACUUCGAAUUAGCAGUAUGAAGCUGACAGCAAUAUUCCUUUUGCCAAAUUUCGGGUUCAGUACGAACGUCACGUCAACCAGAGGCCUCCGAGAUAUAGUGGAAAAAUAUAAAGACUUGUCCAUGGGAAAUACGGAGUUUUCGCAGUGGAUUAAAAAACUCGACAUUGUUAGUAAGUGGAGUCCUAUGGAAGAGAAAUUGAAGUUCCAAGCUCAAUUUAGGAUCUACAACGAACGUCGGCUGGAAUUGGAAAAUAGUAUUACGAACCGCAUCAACACGAUCGAUAUUCUCAUUAAUAAACUUCCUAUUGAAGAAAAAAGGUGUCUUUAAUUUUAUCGAAGGCAGAAAAAGUCUUUGAAAAUGGCUUAUAAGUUUUCAAAUGCAACCAAAAAGACUAACCUUUUGCGUAAUAACAGGAAAUGUGAUCCUCAAAAGGAAAGUAGUGAAAGCAGCGAAAUCGACGAAUAUAGUUAUUAUUGAGGGAAAACGAUAUCAAAAAUGAAAUUAUAUAUAAAAA